AUUUCAUGAAAAAAUAUCAAGACCCAAGAGUUAAAAAAGAAUUAUAUUAGAUUUGGUAAACAGCAAAUAAAAUAUUUUGGAAUGGAAAAAUAUUUACUGGGUAUCUCUAAUAAAUAAUAAAAUUAUUAGUUCUGAGAACCAUAAAUUAUUAGCAAGUUUUAGUUUUAUUACAAUUCCAUCUAUUCUCUUUUAUAUAUUUAUGUCUCCUGUAAAAAAUGAUUAAUAAAAUAGGAAUUUGCAAAAAAUGAUUAAAAUGGGUACACUGUAGUUUUUGUAAUAAUUUAAAUAACUAUUUACGUAUUUUUAUCGAUAACAGUUUGUAUGGAUCCAGGCAUAAUUCCAAAAAUUGUAUAAUAUAUUUAUAUAAAAGAGAUCAGAAUACGAAAUGGAUGAAGAACUUCUAAAAGUGCCUUAAAAAUAUGCAAAAACCGAUUACAGAUUUAUAGUAGACUCUAAAAUGUUUAUAAUAAAGGCUCAUUAAUUUAAAUUGAAAUAUUGUGCAACUUGUAUUUAUGAUUGAUGAAAUAAUAAAUAUUUUUAGGUGCAAUAUAUAGACCAGCAAGGGCUUCUCAUUGUCCUUCAUGUGAUAAUUGUGUUGUAAGAUUUGAUCAUCAUUGUCCUUGGAUUGGAUAAUGUAUAGGUCGUAGAAAUUAUGUCUAUUUUUACUUUUUUAUUAUGUCAGUAUCUUUUAAGUUGAUUUUUGUUUUUGGAACUUGUCUAUCCUACAUAGUGGAUGAAUCCAAAAAAAGAUCAGAAUUUAUGGAUACUUCUGAUGCAAUAUCUGAGACUUUAGCUUAAAAUCCUGUUAGCAUAAUAUUAGUAAUAUAUUCCUUCGGAGUAAUUAUUAAUUCUAAUUAGUUCUCUUGUUUUGUUGUAGGCCUCUGGCUCUUUCAUUCAUAUUUAGUAUUAAAUAAUUUGACAACUAAUGAAUAUCUCAAAAAACAUUGGUAAAUUGAUAGUAAGAAUCCAUUUAGAAGGUAUUACAAUAAAUAAAUUUUAGAUAAAAUAUUUUAAAAAAUAUAGUUCAUGUACUUACUUUCAUAUCUUCCCUAAAGUUUUUGGAAUUAAAAUAAUCUAUUUAUGAAACUAAAGAUUAUGUAUUAUUAAAUCUAAAUUUUUAUUAGAGUCCAAUUCAUACCUCAAAUCAUGUUAACGAAGCAAAUGAUUCGUCAAAAUGUAAAGAAGAAGAUUAAAUGUAAACAGAUAAUAAAAAUAGAAAUAAUAACAUUUUAAACAAUAUUCAAAUCAUUACAGAAAUACAAACCUGA